AUGGCUCCCGGAGUGGGCGCGGCCUCCAGGGUGCUGCCUCACAACCGCAAGUGUGAGGAGUGCGCACCCGAGGAGGCUGCGCGGGCCGCGGAAGUGUGCCGGGAAUGCGGCUCCCGCUACUGCGGCCGCCACGCCGAGGCGCACAGGCGCAAGUUCCCCGGUCACCACCUGGCCCAGUGCCUCCCUGGCGCCCGGACCCGGACCUCGCGAGCCGGCGGGGAGGGGCCCCGGAAGGAGGAGGUCGGGGCCUCGGUGGAGCCGCAGCGGGAGGCAGAAAACGAGACGGAGGACAGUGAGUCGGAGGAGGAGAGCGAGACGGAGCAAGAGAGCGAGGACGAGAGCGAGGAGAGUGAAGAGGACAGUGAGGAAGAGCCAGAGAGCGAGACGGACGAAGACGACCACGAAGGAGAGGCCGUGGCGGAAGGAGAACCCGCGGCAGAAGGCGAAUUUGACCGAGAAGCAGAAAUGAAAGCAAAGAGCGCGUCCGAGAGGAAGACGUGCCCGGACCACGGGCCUGAUUUGAGCACCCACUGCCAGAAAGAUGGGCCGCUCAUCUGUGUCCUUGGGGCUCACCAGGACUACCAGCUCUACACUCCAGACGAAGCCUUGGAAGAACUAAUAAACAAAGACUCCAGCAGAACGAAGGAAGCCCUUAUAGAGUUGGUGGAAAAGUUAAAGGUCCAGAGUGCAGAUCCUAAAGUAACUCGGGACCAGAUGAAGGUGUUUUUACAAGAAGAAUUUAAGAAAGUUCAGAAAGUGGUUGCUGAUGAGGAGCAGAAGGCUGUUCAUCUAGUGGAUAUCCUGAAUGUAAUGGACACAGCUCAUCUACCUGAGAUACUGGCAGACAUUCAGUCCCGUGUGGACAGGCAGACGACUCAGACGGCCCAGGCCAAGGAAGAACUUAAUACCGCGAAUGAGUCAGCUGAGCCAAAUGCGGAGAGUGCCUUGGAAGGACCCAGUGGUGCCAGUGAAGAGAACACAUGA